AUGGAUGAAAAGGGGAGAAGGAAUCGUUUAAUGGGGGUACAGAUGGGAAUGAAGGAGGCAUUGGAUAUCCCAAAGUCCGUGGACUUCUCCGCAGCUGCUAAACAAAUCUCGGCUAAGCUAAGCGGCCAGAGGUUCCUCCUCGUCUUAGAAGAUGUUUGGGAAAGCAUCAACUUGGAAGAGAUGGGAGUUCCAGUCAUGGCCCCCGCUUUCACCAGCGACAGCAAAGUGGUGAUCACAACUCAAUCCCAAGAAGUCUGUAACAUAAUGAAAGCCCAAGUAAACAUCAGGGUGGGAGAGUGGUCUAAAGAAGACGCCUGGGAUUUUUUACAGGAAGAGGCAGCGGAUGUUUCUGCCGGCAUUGGUUUCUCAAUAACCAGAGACAUGGUCUUCAAAUGCUUCUCUUACGUCUCCUUGCUCUGUCGAAACCGAUGCUCCAUCGAUGCAGAUUCCUUGAUAGAAGAGUAUUGGAGGUCAGUGGGCUUUUUAGAUGGAUUCUUCAAUGAGGAAGAGAAUAAAGAAGCGGCUUUCAAGAGAAUGGGGAAUCUACUGCUCAAAGAGCUUGCAGAGAGAUGCAUGGUGCUAUUGUCCCUGGUGCCAUCAAACCCAAAUUGGCUACACUCCUAUCUACAGAGGUGGGGAAAUUAUUAUGAAUCAUACCUGUCGAGAACGUCUUUGGAAGGGGAAUUUAAGGACUGGCUACAAGAGCAAUUUACAAUGGAGGGAUCUUCAGGAGGACAAUAUCAUGUGGAUAUGAAUUCUCAGGUGAUGGAAGUGAUUGGUUCUCAGACGUUCCUAAUGAAGUACAGCUUAAAUAGGGAAGAAUCAUGCCAAUGGAUCUCAUUAUCCAAUAAUCAGGUAGAAACACUCCCAUUCCGCUCUCCAAAUUGCCCUCUUCUCUCAACAUUGUUGCUAAAAAUCAAUGAUCAUUUGCAAGAAAUCCCAGAUAGUUUUUUCCAGAACAUGACCAAACUCCGAGUCCUCGACAUUUCUUUCACAAGCAUCACUUCCCUGCCCUCGUCCAUGUCCUGCCUAUGUGAAUUACGGUUGUUGAAGCUUCAAAGCUGCUGCAAGCUAGAGGCUCUUCCUGCAUUCUUAAAGGAUAUGCAGAAGCUCGAGAUCCUCGAUCUCCAUCAAACUCCCUUGACGAAGAUGGUGGAGGUAUCCUUCCACAACAUGCAAAGCCUCCGACGUCUCAACAUCUCAGGUGCAUGCAACCUCAGCAGGCUCUCGCUCAAGGGUUGUCGCUCUCUAGUGAAACUGGUCAGCCCAAAUAAACAUUCAAAACUUGAGGCACUUCAUCUUUCAGGCACGAAAAUGGAAGAGCUCCCACACGAAAUUUUCAAUCUGACUAGCUUGCGGUGCCUGGACCUGUUGGGAAUGGAGCAUCUUAAGACGGUUGACUGGAGAAAGAUAAAUCAGCUUCCAGAAAACUUGAAUUGGGAUCGAUGUGGCUUGAACUUGCUGCAUGAGCAGCUCCAAGACAGCAGCAGUCGUCACAUCUCUGUCGGUGAUGCAAGUGUUUUUGAGUCUUUGGACGAAAGCUCGAAACUGUGGAAAUCCUGCUUUCAAAAAUUCCAUUUCUUGGUCUGUCCCUGCGAGGGAGGGCGCAAGGAUAGAUAUCGUGAUUUUAAAAGAAACCGAUUUUUCUACCAGCGUAUUUAUACUCGAUUUGAGCAGUCUUUGAGUUAUGAAAGAAAACUGGAGGUUUGCGGUGGUAAGAAUUCCCUAGACGGUGUUAGAGGGGUUCUCUCAGUGACAGAAUUCUUUCAUUUGUAUGGCAAUGCGUUCAUUAAGGCACUGUCCAAUCUUGGCAUGGAGCUGGACAACCUUAAAGAAUGUUGGAUUGAGAAAUGCCAUCAACUGGAGAUUCUGUUCGUUGGAAGAAUGGCAGACAUUGAUGCAGCAGUUUGUUUAGAAAAUCUAAGGGUGUCGUAUGUUGCCAAAUUAAGAACAGUGUGCCGGUGGCAGUUGGGAAGAGGGAGCUUCGCAUGCCUAAAGAAUAUAUAUUUGGAAUGUUGCCCGAAGCUCGUGAGUUUCUUCUCUUCGAGCAUUCAGUUACAGAAUCUCAAAUUACUUGAAAUAAAAUUUUGCUGUAGACUGGAGAACGUCUUUGAAGAAGACCGCCUGGCAGGGCAAAAUGCAUUUCCACAACUAGUUGAUUUAUGUCUUUGGAAGCUACGCAAACUGAAAAGCAUUUGUGGUGGGCACUUGCCGAUGCUGAAGAAGUUGAAGAUUCGAGGAUGCCCGCUGCUGGAGAAGCUUCCUCUCCAUAACACAAAUGCUUCUGCAGCAGAAGUCAAGAUUGAAGUUAUUGGAAUCGGUUCAAUGCGCAUCAGAAUGUUCGAUGGGGUGGACCAUAUUCUAAAAGAUGUUAGACACAUUCUUGAGCUUCCAGUGAAGCGUAAAGCGAUCGGUUAUAAGCAGAUUUACAACAAGAAGUGGGAUAGAUACAAGGCAAUUUUGGUUGCGAAAGGGUAUACGCAAAAGGAGAAUGUCGACUUUAGUGAGAUUUUCACACCUAUAGUCAAGCAGGUGUCUAUCAUAUUUGUAUUGGAGAUAAUUGUCCAAUACAACCUGGAAUAA